UUGAUAGUUGGUUCAAUAGAUCCUCCCCAAUCGCGUAAGCUUUCCAUUUCCAAUUAGCAAACGGGGAUUUUUGAGUGACGCCUCGGCCAUGGGUGCAUGCUUUGUUUCUAUAAACAAAUGUGCCCCAUCCAUCAUCCCGCAGCUGAUCUUCUUUACAUUUAAUAUGUCAUCUAGUACGCGUGUUUUUGACGAGUAGAUGGAAAUACCUACUUAAAAUCAGCUUGAUUUAUUAUUGACCCACCAUCCAUCCAUCCCCUUUCUUCCAUGUCAGAAAAAUCUUUACUACCUAUCUACAAUCCGAGUGAAACUCCUCGACGAUUUCAUUGUUUCUUGUGGCCUCACUUUCUCGAUACUAUGACCUUUACCGAUCUCCUCGACCUUCUCAUUUCACGAUUUGAAGAUGUCCUUGACAGUUAAACAUCUAAAUAAUGAUGCUUCAUUCCUCCUAACCUUUGCUCCCAUAUCCCCAUUUCCACCUUCACCAAGCCGGCUCGAAGAUUCCUUUACCAUCCUCUUCGAUCCAUGGUUAUCAGGUCCAUCCAAGAUAUUCCAUUCCAAGUUUUCGAUAUCUCAUCUCAAAACCCCCUCAUGCAUAUCUUCUCUCAGCGAAAUCCCGGAACCUGAUCUGGUAAUAAUAAGUCAAGACAAAACCGAUCAUUGUCACGAAGAAACCCUCAAACAACUCUCUUCAAACAGUAGCAAAACACUUAUUCUCGCCGAACCCGGUGCAGCAAAGACAAUAAAACGAUGGAAAUAUUUCUCCUCCUCUAAAGUCAUUCCACUCAAACGCUGGGAAGAUCCUCGUCUACGGCAAUCUGAUAAUAUCCUUCGAAUACCCGUCCCAUCACAAUCCCACAAUGGUAUACCAGGCGAAGUAACUAUUGCAUUUCUCCCUCAAAAGAACGACCUCACAGGUCUACACAACGCAAUCGGGAUAACCUACCGACCACCCACCCACACAAUCUCAUUCACAAACCCCUCAGAAACAAACUAUGCCACCCCGCCCUCAUCCCCUCACUCCUUCGCCUCCACCCUCUCCAACCCCACCGACCGCGCCCUCUCCGUAAUCUUCUCCCCACACGGCUGCACCUACCGCACCAUCGCCCCCUACGCAACCUCACACCUAAUAUCCGAAGCCGCCCUCCCACUAACAUCCCUCCUGCACCCCUUUGACCGCAUCUCCAACCCCUGGUACCUAGGCGGGAACAUCAUAAGCGGAUUUCCAGGCGGGGUAUCCAUUGCGCAAAAUCUCUGUGCAAAAACAUGGAUCAGUGCUCAUGAUGGCGAGAAGACGAAUGCGGGAGUAGCAACUUGGAGUAUUAGGAGUAGGAAGUGGGAGAGGGAAGAGGUAGAAAGUGUAGUUAGUCCGCGGGGUGAAAAGUUUUCGGAGAAAGGGGGGAUAGGGACCGAGGUUUUGGUGUUGGGUAGUGGGGAGGGUGUGAGAUUGGUACAGGGGAGUUAUGGUUUUGGAGGUGGAAGUGGAGUGAGGAUUGAGAGGGAGGGACUGGGGCCAGGAUUGGGAAAUACGAAUUUAGAGAUUAAUAAGGAAGUAGAUGGAUGAUGAGAAGGUGUAAAAUGGUGUUUAGGUUAGGUUAGGUUAGGUUAGGUCUGGUUAGGUUAGGUUAGAGAUUUUGCGUCUGGGCCGGUCGGUCGGUCGGUAUAUGUGAUUGCAUUUUGCGAUGGAUGAUAUACACACAUGUACUCCGCAUACUCUGUGGACUCUACUCUGUAUGUUGUAAUGAAUAUUGGGGAUUCAACUAGGUUAGGUUGGGUUGGGGAAAAGUAUAUUCGAGAAUGGGAUUAGGAUAGAUAUUAGAAUGAAUGUAUAUAUAAUAAACAAAUAAUAUUUUCUUUUUAAUUUUUAUUAUUAUUAUUAAAAUAGUUUGUUUAAUAUAAUCUAACAAAUUAAUAAAUUUAACUUUUUAAUAUUAAAAAUUUUAAUUAUAUAUUUAUUUAUUUAAAAAAUAUUUUAAAAAAAUAGAAAGUCUGAUAAUCAGCCGGAUUAUUCUUU